AUGCCCCCACCACCCCGCAUUCUCGACUCCCACAUCCACCUCUGGCCGCACACGUCAACCAAUCCAACCGGCCACGCAUGGAUGGCCCCAGGCGGGCCACUCACAAAACAAUACUCGCUCACCUCCUCCACACCACCCCGCGUCCGCGGCGCCGUCUACGUCGAAACCGACCGCACCCUCGCCAACGACGCGAAAGCCGACAUCCUCGUCCGCGCCGCGCAGCCGCUCGAGGAACUCCGCUGGCUGCGCCGCCUCGUGACGGGCACGCCCGCGCCGGGCGAAGGUUUCGCGCCUGGCGACGGCGCCGUCCUCUGGGGCCUGGUGCCGUGGAUCCCCGUCGAUGUCGGCCUCGCGGACUUGCGCGCGUACCUGGCGGCGGCGGAGGAGGCGGCGGGGCCGGAGGCGUGGGCGAGGGUUGUCGGGUGGCGCUUCCUCGUGCAGGGGAUAAAGGACGAGGAGGCGUUCGGGAGGGUGGUGGGCGGGUGGACGGAGGCGCUGAGGGAGGUGGGGAGGAGGGGGUGGUGUUUUGAUGUGGGCGUGGAUGCGAGGAGUGGGGGGGUGUGGCAGGUGGAGAGGGCGGUGGAGGCGUGUGAGAGGGUGAAUGAUGGUGGGGAUGGGGUGAGGGAGGGGGAGGAGGUGAGGUUUAUUUUGAAUCACCUCUGCAAGCCGGACAUGGAGCAGCACCCAACCACGCCAGCCCAGCGCGACGCCUUCGACCGCUGGAGCGCAGCCAUCCGCCGCGCCGCCCGCUCGCCGCACACCUACAUGAAGCUGUCCGGCGCCUUCUCCGAAAUCGCGGACCAGGACCCCAGCGCCCCCUGGACCCCGGAGCGCGUGCUCGAGCGCAUGAAGCCUUGGCUCGACGUGCUCUUCAGCGCCUUCCCGCCCGAGCGCAUCAUGUUCGGCAGCGACUGGCCCGUCUGCAAUGUCCGCGGCCCGGGCGACGCGCGGGCGUGGAGCUGCUGGGCGGCUGCGGUGGAGAAGAUUCUGGAUGCGUACGGCCUGACGGAAGAGCAGCGUGAUCGCGUGUGGUACGGCACCGCCGUAGAGGCGUAUCGGCUGAGUCCUCCGAAGGCGUGA